GUUUGACACAGUCGCAGUGUGUGCUCAGUGCAACUUAUCAGUCUAGUCUUUCAGUCUCUUUUUUAAUUACUAAUCAAGAUGAAGCUGCUUGGUCUCAUUUUGGCCUUAUCUUGCAUCAUUGCGUAUACAGCUGCCAAAAAGAAAGGACAAUAUUGGCCAACUGACACCAAAAUAUUUACGAUCCCACAACGAUUUCGUCGAGAGGUCGAUUCUCAGGACUCGAUCUUAAAGGAUAACUUAGAAGAUACUCCGCAAUUAUUCUUCAAAGCCGAUGAAAAACUUCAUCUCUUUGACAACAAACAUACAAUCGACGAUAUCAGUGAAGAUACCAAUGUUGUUUCCGGAUCUGAGUCACAGCUUAAUACCCAAUUGAACGAUAUGCAUCUAGUAGAUGAAAACGAUUAUUUGAAUGUUUAUACCUUCACACCAGGUGCGUACAGUCAUUUCCCCCAGAAUUUCGGUGGAUUUCGCUGGAGAAGAGAAGCGCGUCGACACACAAAGCCGCACUUCCGUUUUGAAGCUGAAAAAAAAUUAGGCAAGAAUGGUUUCGUUAAUGGUUUCGUGGAUCUUCAACAAGGUGCAAACGGUCGUAGAAUAGAACCCAUGGUUGGCGGAUCUGUUGGUUUCCGUUUUAGACGAGAAGCGAAUCAAAUUGAAGAUAUCGAGGAUGAACUAAUUGAAACAAUAUAAAUGAGAGAUUAAUUACUCUUUGAUACCAUAGAGAUAUUUAAUUUUAGCUUAUUAAGAUCUCAAACUAAAAGUAUUUUUAAAAA